UUUUUUUUGUUGAGGGAGGGUGGCAGGCUGGCUCUAAUUUUCGGGGUAAUCCUAAAACAGACUCUCCAAAGUGGAGUUAGUUAUCCCUUGGCCGUCUUAGUACUCCUCGGGUUUAAUCUUAUUUCCACAGAGUUUCUUCUGCCGGGAUCUCUACCGAGGUUACCGAACAAAAACAGCAGAGCCCAGGCUGGAGGCAGACCCGGGCGCUGCCUCUGCUGGGCUUAUUUGUUUGGGGUUUUUCUUUCUUUUUUUUAAAGUGAUGGGGGAAGUCUCAUUGUGUGGCAUGUGACAGUUCGUUUGCUUCAAAACAACAGGACGUAACCACGCGAAAACUAGAACCAGAGGAAGGGGCAUGCGUUUCUUUAAAGUCAGCCAAACAGCAUCUGGUCUUUGAAAGGGCAAUUUCAUCAAGAAACUCCCGCUGGAUCCCUCCUAAUAUGGACCAAAAUAAGUCAACAGGAACGGGUGUUUACUUAAUGGCUAGUUUCUGUUUGAAAUACCGGAGGGGAGGAGGGAUCCCCUACGAGGGUUCCAGUCCUAAAAGCAGACACUCUUGACCGAAACAGAUGAGCAGCCACAGCGUGGUCACCCCUUAGCUAUAAAAGUGGCCGCUGCCGGGGUCCGGCGACUCGGGGUGUCAGGCGGAGUCUCGGCGAGGCGAGUGCGCGCCCUGCCGUCCCCACCAGGCAGAGACGUUUAAAGAGCAUGUGAGCAUGACAAGUGUCUGUCCGCAACGUGUCAGAUUUCGAAACUGCCUUGCAAUCCAGUCCGGAACUCGCAGCUUUAGCCCAGGGGAACAGACGUUCGCUGAGGCUGUGUCUCAUCAUUCCCCCCCACCACCCCCGCCGACCUCCCACUGUUGCUGCUGGAGGAAGAGCCCCGGGAGGAGAAGGGUGCGCCGCGCCGCGCCCGCGUGUCAAUGGCAGCCGCGCAUUCUGGAAGAACCCCGGGAAGAAAGGCCCAAGGGAGAAACCUGGGGCGCUCGGCUGGUUCCCCCACCGGCGGGCGAGGGAUGCGCGCAGUCAGUGCGCGGCAAGCAGAAAGGAACGCGUUUCUGGACCCGGCCGCCCCCCGCGUCCGCACCGCCGCCCCCAAGGGACGAGUGACAGCGGCCGCUGCGCUCGGUCCAGUCCUCCUGGCUGGAAGGUGCGGGGGAGGGGCGGAGGAGCGGCGGGGCGGGAGGGGGACGGGGCGGGCGGCUGGGGGCGGAGGCAGGACCUCCUGUACCUUCCCUCCUCGCCUCUCUCACUCUGACAGCGCCGAGGUGCGCCGAGCAGGAGCAGGGAACAAAGGAGCAGAGAGGGGAGGGGAGAGAGUUGGGCGAGGGAGAGCCCCCGGCCGGCUGCCAGAAGAUCCCGGCGGGAGGAAGCCCAAGUGUCACUUGAAUUCCACCCAAGGAGCGGACGCCUGGGAUCAGAGCGCCCUGUUUAGCAAUAACGGCUGGAGCACGUCCUACAAGUUACGGGAGAGUCGGCUGUGAAGGAGACGUUCGCUUGUCCCCUGUGUUCCCGCUCCUGGACCCUCCAGACCCCAGCCUUGCCUCGCGCUGGGAGGGGAGAUCCAGAAUGA